AUGCAGACCCAUUCAGAAGCAAACACUUUAUAUACUCCUUUACAUCGAAGCAUCGAAAUAAACAAAAUAAAAGGUCGAUAUAAAGGAACAGCAGUUGAAAAUACUAGCGAUUUGUGUUUACGUCCGUAUUGUAUCAAAGCAGCAAAUUAUCUGCUUGAAAGUAUUGAUGAAACAAUCAAUCCAUGUGAAAAAUUCUAUGAGUUUGCUUGUGGAAAAUAUAUUAAAAAUGCCAUAAUAUUAUCGGAAAGUAGUGAACAGAGUACUAUGUCACAAAUAUCAAAAAAAUUAAGGUAUACAAUUGCCGAUUUGUUAUCAUCAAAUAGAACAAAGAAGUCCAAAGCAAUUACUAAUGCUCGUCGUUUAUAUAGUUCUUGUAUAGACGAAGGUGCUAUCGAAACGGAAGGUGUUGAUGUAAUAAUGUCAAUGAUCAAUAAAGAGCUUGGAGGAUGGCCUGUCUUGCAAGGCUCAGCCUGGAAUGAAUCAACAUUUGAUUUUGAUCGAUUGAUGCUCAAAUUAAGUCAAUACAAUAGCUACAUAUUUUAUACUGUAAACACAGAUGUUGAUGAGAAGAAUUCAUCGAUUCGAAGUAUUCAUGCAAUUGAAAUGGUCAACAAUAUUCGAAAUAUUUUCAUCACGAUGGUUAAUCAAUCGACAUGGAUGGAUUCGAAAUCGAAAAUCAUAGCGAUUAAAAAAGCUCGAGCUAUGAAAGCAAAACUUGGUUAUCCUGAUUAUUUAGAGAGUGAUAAUAUGACGAAACUUGAUAAAGACUAUGCUGAGUAUAAUUUCAAUUUAUCUUAUAUGCCGAAUGUUUUGAGUGCCAUUCAACUACAUUCAAAAGCUAGUCUUCAAAUGCUUCGCUAUCCUAUCGAUAGUAAACAAUGGACUGGUAUCUCACCCACAAAAAUCAAUGCCAUGCAUAGAUUAUUAGCCAACGAGAUUUUGUUUCCAGCUGUUAUACUUCAAACAACUUUAUUCGACAGAGAUGCACCUAAGUAUCUUAACUAUGGUGGUAUUGGCUUUAUUAUGGGACAUGAGAUUGCACAUGGAUUUGGCGAUGAAAGGAAAGAAUAUGAUCUGAAUGGAAAUGAAGUUUUAUGGUGGACUAAUUCGACUGUCAACACAUUUGACAUACGUAAAAAAUGUAUCAACGAACAAUACGACAACUAUACUUUGACUCAAGUUAAUCAUUCAAUAAACGGCCGAAAAACACAAAAUGAAAAUGUCGCCGACGAUGCAGGACUCAAACAAGCAUUCUUCGCGUAUCAGCAAUGGGCUAAGACCCAUAAAAAUGUUGAGAAGAAACUUCCCGGUUUAAGUAAAUAUUCAGCGGAACAAAUGUUCCUUCUCAAUUUUGGUCAUAUAUGGUGUACAAAAAUUACAGAUGAAUCUCUGCACUCUAAUCUAGUACUGGCUCAACAUUCCCCUGCACAAUUCAGAGUACGUGGUCCUACUUCGAAUUUUGUUGAAUUCGAUCGAGUAUUCGGCUGCAAAGUAGGUCAAGGCAAUAGUCGAGUGAACAAGUGCAACGUAUGGUAG